AUGGUGUCGAGUAUAACUAGUGUCCAAGAAUAUGAAGAUAUAACUCUGGGUAAAAAUGUUGAUCCUUCUACAUUAAUUGUGAUUGAAUUUGGGUCAGUAACUUGUACAAACACUCAAAUGAUGAAUUCAGUUGUGGGUAAGUUUCAAGCGGAUUUCAAAAAAUCGUUCAAACUUUAUAAGUUGAAUAUAAAAGAGUUUCCAGAGAUAGCAAAAAGUUUGAAUAUUAAAUCGACUCCAACUUAUAAAUUUUAUAAAAAUGGUAAAGAUAUACUUAAAUUUGUUGGUGCUGACCCUGCAAGUAUUAGAAAAUUAAUAGUUGCUAAUGUAUAA